AUGUCUCAACAUUCCGUUGAAAAAACUGACACAUUCUUCAUUAAUAAUAAUAAGGGAUUUCCAGGAAAUAUAGAUUUUAACAGGACAAAAAUUCGUCUUCAAGAUGCACUUAAAACUGCAUCAUAUGAACAUCCAGAAAGAGUAUUUCGAGACAUUGAUGAAACUUUUGUCGCAUUCAAAGCAUUAACUCAACUCAAAAUGGAAACAUAUACCCACAAUGAUGGUAGAACUCAAUUCUUAUUACGCCUUUACGGAACUAUUCCAAUUACAUAUCGGGCGACAUCUUACAAUAUUCCUGUUGCACUAUGGAUUCCAACUGAAUACCCAAAGACUGCUCCUUUUGCUUUCGUAGUCCCCACAUCUAAUAUGCUGAUAAUGCCUUCUCAACAUAUUGAUGUAAGUGGUAGAUGUCAUCAUCCAUAUUUACAAAAUUGGGGAAAUCAGAAUGAGGAACCAAAUAUUGUUAAAUUUUGCUCAAUUCUACAAGCAGUAUUUAGUCAAACUCCACCAGUAGUUACAAAACUUACAACACCACAACAUUCUUCUACACAUCCUCCUCCUUUGCCUCAACAAAUUCCUAAAACUCAAUACCCAUCUGGAUUACUGCAACCUAGAAAUCACAAUUACAGUGUACCACUACCUGUUGCUCCUUUUCAUCCUUCACAAUAUAAUUUCUCACCAUUAAUAUCUGGUCAACAGACACUUCAACAAUUGCCACUACUGCACUCUUUAGAGCCACAACCAAGCAUACUUGAUGCACUGCCAAUUGCCACAUCACAACCUGUACCAUUACCUAAAACACAAAAUCCUGAAUUGAUCAAUUUACAAAUUAUGGUUUAUGAUAAAGUGAGAAGGAAAUGUGAAGAAUAUAUCGAGAUAGCAUCGCCAGAAUUUCACAUGAUAAUGUCUAUUGGUGAAAAACUCAAUCAAAGUCAGAUGCUGAUUGAAAAUGAAAGGAAACAAUUACUUGAGAACGAGACAAAAAUAAUGAGAAAAACUGAAACUUUGAAAAAUAAAAUUUCAGAAAUUGAUAAACUUAUUGAACAUACUAGAAAUAUGCCUGAAAUAUCGGUUGAUGAUGAAAAUGCAAUCGAAGAUGCAAUUUACUAUUUGGGAAGAGCAUUAAAUUCUGAAAGAAUAGAUUUAAAUACAUACAUGAAGAAUAUUCGAACUCUUGCAAAGGAGCAAUUUAUGAGGCGGGCAUUGAUUCAUAAAAUUCGUAGACAAAUAGGAUUGGAGCUUGUGUAA